AUGGGCGAUAGGAGAAAAUUACAUGGAGAAAUUGAACGGUGCCUAAAAAAGGUAACUGAAGGCGUGGAAACAUUUGAUGAUGUUUGGCAAAAGGUUCAUUUAGCACCAAAUCAUAAUCAGAAAGAUCGAUAUGAACAGGAAUUGAAAAAAGAAAUUAAAAAAUUACAACGUCUACGUGAUCAAAUUAAAGUAUGGAUGUCAUCGACAGAAAUCAAAGACAAGAAGCAGUUACAAGAAGCAAGAAAAAAUAUUGAACAAAAAAUGGAAAAAUUUAAAAUUGUUGAACGAGAAACAAAAACGAAAGCAUAUAGUAAAGAAGGUUUAGGUGCCGGGCAAAAACUUGAUCCACUAGAAAAAGAAAAAGAAGAAUGCACUCAAUGGAUAACGGAAUCGAUACAUGAAUUGAAUCUUCAAAUCCAUAAGUUUGAAGCGGAUAUUGAAACAUUAUCAGCGUCGACGAAAAAGAAAAAACCUGACAAGGAUAAAUUAGAACGUCUCGAAGAUACGAAACAUUCAAUUGAAAGACAUAAAUUUCAUAUCAAGUCACUAGAGAAAAUUCUACGUGCGAUUGAUAAUGAUGCACUCGAUCUUAAACCAAUACAUAAUUUGCGACCGGAUAUUGAAUAUUAUAUUGAAUCAAAUCAAGAAUCAGAUUUUAAAGAAAAUGACUUAAUGUAUGAAGAAAUCAAUAUGGAUAAUUUAACAACAAUCAUGUUACCGCUUAUAGCAGGACCAACAACACAAUCUCAUCCUCUAUCCUUAACCAAUGGUAGUAGUAAUAGUUUAAAUUCAAAUGCAACAUCCUUAAUCGAUAUAAGUUCGUCGUCAUUGGGUAUGCAUUCACAUUUAUCUGGAACUAGUUUAUCUGACCGCACAACAUUUUAUUCAAAUUCAAAUCAUGGCGAUAAUGAAUCAACAAUGAGUUUAACAACGCCAUCAUCAACUCAACCGAGUUCACCAACUGCUAGUCCUGCUCUGCCAUCGUUCGAUGAUCGAAAACAACAUAAAUCCGAACCAGAGGAUACUCAAUCACAACGAAAUCGAGCAAAUUCAAGUACUAAUGGUUCGUCUUCAACAACAAUAACAACAAGUGUUUCUCAUGGAUCUUCACCAAAGAAUCCUAUUGUAAAUCAACAAUCAUCAACAAAAGCACCAUUAUCAUCAGCAUCUGUAUUAUCUGUUAGUGCACCACCACAUUUCACUUACCCACCGUUGACAACAACUCAACCUGUUCUACAAUAUUCAACAAUUGUUUCACAAAAUACAUUACCAUCAACACCAAUAACCAGCAGUAACUCAUUAUCGAAACAACAGAAUAUUUUUUCUCCACAAUCCAAACAAAUGUCAAGACAAACAUCAAUUAAUAAUAAUGAUUCACCAGUGAUUACAACUUCAAGUCAAUCGAUAUUAUCAUCAUCAGCAACAACAACAACAACAACAACAACAACAACAGCAACCCCUAUAACAAAUUCAAUACCAAAUAGUUCUCAUCCACCAUCAUUAUUAACAAAUAAUGAUCGUUCUGGUCUAUUAAAUCAACAUAUUCUUAAUAAUAUAUCUCAAAUAAAUGCACCAUCUUCAUCGACAGUCACAUUAGCUAAUGGUAAUAUAAUUUCAUCAUCAAUAUAUUCAGGUGCAGGUCCAACACUAUCAAAUUCAAACAUUCCUUCAGAAUUAUUAUCACCAAGUCAUAUCGAUUCAAUGAUGAGCUCUCAACAAUCUUCACUACUAUCUCGUACAAUAGCCGAUAAUGAUCGUCCAACAAAUCCACCAACGUCAUUAAUGACUAAUGGUUCGUCGGAUGGACAUUCAUUAAUUGAUAAUAAUAAUUUUGUAAAUCUCUCAACAAUGAAUAGUGGACUAUCAACAAUAGCAGCAGCACCAACAUCAUCAUCAUCAUCGUUUCUAUCAAGCGCUAAUUCAAAUGAUUUAUCAUCAACAAAUAAUAGUAGUGUUAUUGGUCAUUUACAAGAUAAUCCAUUUCGAUAUCUAAUAUCGCCAUCCAAUCAACAACAAUCUAUUCAAACAACUCGUGUUCCAUUGACAACAGCAGAAUUACGAAUGCUCAAUAGAUUGAAUUCAGCUUACGCAAAAUUACCAUCUUUGCUAGAAUCUGAACGACAAAGAACAAAUGCGAAUCGUCUCUAUGGAAGAAAUCCACUUGGACAUUCACAAAUGAUUCCAUAUUAUCCUCAAACACCACCAACAGGUUGUGAUACACCCGAAUUUUAUUAUCGGUUAGCGCCGGAUACAUUAUUCUUUGUUUUUUACUAUAUGGAAGGAAGUCGUGCUCAAUAUCUAGCUGCUAAAGCAUUAAAAAGACAAUCAUGGAGAUUUCAUACAAAACACAUGAUGUGGUUUCAACGACAUGAAGAACCUAAAACAAUAACAGAUGAUUAUGAACAAGGUACAUAUAUAUUUUUUGAUUAUGAACGGUGGCAAACGCGUAAACGAGACAAUUUUAUAUUUGAAUAUAAAUUUUUGGAAGAUCGCGAAUUUUAA